UUUGCACCUGUCGGCCACCGUAGCCAACCGCCAUAAAAAGGGCAAGAAGACGAAAAAGAAAGUGAAAGUAAAAACCUGGAGCGGCUCCUCCUCUGAGCAGCUGCUGCUUCCUCUUAGACAGAAAUUCACUUUUAAAUUCACUUCAGGAACAGAAGGAGAGAGACGAGAGAGAAAAUGGCUUCCGGCUCCGAGAAGAAUCUUUCCUGCCCCAUCUGCCACGAAAUCUUCACGGAUCCUGUGGUUCUGUCGUGCAGCCACAGCUUCUGCCAGGCCUGCGUCCAGUCCUGGUGGAAGGAAAAGCUCAUAAACGAGUGUCCGGUUUGCAAGGAAAGGCCGCUGAGCAACCCGCCCAUCAGCUCGGCGUUGAGGAAUCUGUGUUUAGCGGAAAAAACGAGGCUCUCUGCGGGAGCGGAGCCGGGACUCUGCAGCCAGCACAGCGAGAAGCUGAAGCUGUUCUGCCUGGACCACCAGCAGUCCGUCUGCGUCGUCUGCAGGGACUCCAAAGCUCACAGCAACCACAGGUUUAGACCCAUCGACGAGGCGGCGGAGGAGCGCAGGGAGGAGGUCCGGGAGUCCCUCACGGCUCUGCGGGAACAGCUGAAGCUCUUCGAAGAGGCGAAGGGGAGCCGCGACCAAAACGCCAAACACAUCAAGAGCCAGAACAGAAACACGGAGAAGCAGAUCCGGGAUCAGUUCAGGAAGUUUCACCAGCUUCUGCAGGAGGAAGAGGAGGCGCGCAUCGCCGCGCUGAGGGAGGAAGAGCGGCAGAAAAGCAAAGCGCUGAGGGAGGAAUCGGAAGCUCUGAGCAGGAUUAUCUCCGAUUUCUCCACCACAAUCAGAGAGACGGAGAAGCAGCUGAAGGCCGACAGCGUUUCCUUCCUGCGCUCCUACAAAGCCGCCUUAACAACAGCGGAACAGCGCCGCCUGCAGGACGAGCCGGCACCGUCCGCCGGCGCGCUGCUGGACGUGGCAAAACAUCUGGGCAACCUGGCCUUCAACAUCUGGAUCCAGAUGAAGGCGGCCGUCUGCUUCUCCGCCGUGGUUCUGGACCCAAACACGGCUCACCCCGAGCUGACCCCGGACGACGACCUGAGCGCCGCGACGCACGGAGAGCGGCUCAAGCUGCCGGACAACCCGGAGCGGUUCGGCUGGUGCCGCGCCGUGCUCGGCUCGGACGGGUUCACUUCCGGGUCGCACAGCUGGGAGGUCGAGGUCGGAGAAGGCGGCGGCUGGGAGGUGGGCGUGGCGGCGGAGUCCGCGGACAGAAAGGGGUCCGUGGGGUCGGGGUCGUGGAGGAUCGGUCUGGACGGCGCCUUUCUGGCCUUUUUCCCUCCAGGGAGAAGUUCGGUUCUGUCCGUCAAGCCGCCCCGGAGGAUCCGAGUCCAACUGGACUGGGAGAGGGGGAAGCUGUCGUUCUCAGACGCCGAUACCGGCGGACACAUCCACACCUUCAGCCACUGCUUCACUGAGAAACUGUUUCCGUUUUUCAGCGUCAAGAAGGAGAAAACGCUGAAAAUAUUAACAACAGCAGUUUCUGCCUCUGUGGGUCAGUGAUGGGAGGAAAGUUCAGCAGAGAAGAAAUGAUCAUUACGCACCAAAAUAUCACCUGGUUUUCUCUCUAUUCCUCAAAUUAUUUCCAUUUUCUUUGCCAUAUUAGGCCAAAGAGGAGAACAUUUCCGGCCAAAAGCUCAGAAAUGCUCCAAUAAUAAUAAUCUCAGAAGUUUUCUAGAAAAAAAACAAGAAAGUUUCUGAGCUUGAGAAGCUGGCAGUUCACUUAAAAACAAUUCAGCUCAGAAAUAUUUACAAAAAGGAAGAACAUUUCUGAGUUUAAAAAGUAAAAAACCUGCAAGACAUUUUCUA